UGCAGUUGCAUUUUCCGACGCGUUUUCCACCGAUGCGAUGCACCGACAAGAGCAACAGCGACGGCAGCGGCAUCGGUCGCGACGAUAGCUUUAGCGGCCUGCUGCGACGCUCGACGGUCGCGGACAAAAGCUCGUCGAACGUUCGGUCGCGAGCUUUCGACCGAGUUCGCACACAACCGAGCCGCGAACGUCAUCAAACUGCAUCUCGCGCGCGCUUUUAUGAAUUAUCCGCUGCGCUCAACAAUCAAAUUCGACUGUUUUUUUGGUGGGUGAUAAUCCAUUUUCAUUUUUUACUUUUUCGAAACGUUUUUGUCAAGCACUGUGUUGGUUCGGUGUGAAUGGCAAAAGUUUUGUGGUUUUGGACAGCUUUUUAAAUUCAAAUUGAAGCUUACGUCGAUUACAGCUUUAGAAAAGAAUGAAUGAAUUCUAACGCUAUUGAGCAAAACAUGAGACAGGAUAACAUGGAUGAUGCGGCAGUCACGUCUGCCGGCGAUUUUGAUCCGCACAAUAUUAGGGAAGAGGAGUUCGAGCUUCAUACAACAUUCAUUGCGCCAGACCUUCCGGUGGACCCUGGCACACCCAACAGGGCUGAAGCUACCCUUCCAAGGAAUCUUGUUCUCAAACCCUCUCAAGCGCUUUCAGAUGCUCAAGGGGUUUGGAGUACGGGUUACAUUCCUAGAGGCACCAGAUUUGGUCCUCUUGUAGGUGAAAUUUAUGCCAAAGAUGCAGUACCGAGUUCUGCAAACAGGAAGUAUUUUUGGAGGAUAUACAAAGACAAUGAAUUAUUUUACUACAUUGACGGGUACGAUACCUCGAAGGCCAACUGGAUGCGAUACGUGAACCCGGCAUACUCUAGUGAAUCUCAAAAUCUCAUAGCGUGUCAGUACAAAAUGAACAUAUAUUUUUACACGAUUAAACCAAUUUUGCCAAAUCAGGAAUUACUUGUGUGGUAUUGUAAGGAAUUUGCCGAAAGACUGAAUUAUCCGUUGACUGGAGAACAAAUGCUACAAAGGAUACGUCAACAAGUCCAGCAAUCAUCAGAAGUAAUCACUGUCAGCACUGUGAUUGACUCCGUUUCUUCCGGGAAAGACGGUGCCUACGAACACCAACUCACUCCAACAGAUGGCAGCGUGAGAUCUGACGAAGGGUAUCACAGCCAUGGCUAUCACGAUGACGCUUUUACACCCCCUGAAGAUUCCAGUGACUCGGACAGUGAAAAUAAUUAUGUACUCGAUUUUAGUAAGAAAACGAAUUCCAAAGAAACGACGGUUAUUAAACAGUCGCCCCUCUCCCCCGAAGCCCAGAAAAACGAGUACCGCAAGGUCAAGAUUAAGAUAACAAAAGCUUAUCACUAUAAAUCGAACAAAAACGUGGAAAGCGACCAUGAGUCGGAGAAGGAUUUGACUCACGGCGAUACUAACGUUGUGGAAGUGACGACUUUGGUACCGAGAAUCGUCACACCCCCUAACACGGUGAUAGUCCUAGACUCACCACCACCUGAAGUUCCUAAUAACAAACCGUUCUACGAGCCCGAGGUAAAAACUCAGACAAUUAUUACUAGAUACACGCCUCCUUCUUCAAGUAUCUUGGAGAAUAUUCUAUUGAGGAACAGGACUGAUUCUAACAACAAUAACAACGACAGUAACCAGCGACAACCGGAUGCCACACCACCUCCAAGCUCUCCCACGGAAAUGGCUUACUCGUACAAAAAGAGUCACCGGUACGGAGCCAUGCCAUGUAGUCCGGACUCGAGUUCCAACUUAGCAGUUUCCAAUGCCCCAAUGUCAACAAGCCCGGGUUUGUUAAAAAAUCACUCCCCAAGUCCCGUACCAUCUUCCGCAACAAUAUACGUAUCACACACAAACGAUGGUUACAACAACCACGUGCAACCUGCUAAUUAUUACAGCAUCUAUCCAUCAUCGAAUGGAAUAAUCCACACCAACAUAACAACGGCGACACCCACGUCUACGUAUUCUCCCCCCAUAAGUACCAACUACGUGGGAUCCCAUCAUCCCACCUCAACGAACUUAAUCAUUCCAAGUUCCCACAUAAUCACGUCAAACUUGACACAUCAUCUUCUGACUCCAUUGACACCGCCGCAACACGGAAACGGAAAGCUUUCACCUACUCAUUCGAUGAGUCCCGACAGGGGAAUGAGUAGUCGGAGUGUCAGUCCUCAACAUCCCAAUUCGAGCAUUGCUUCGAGGGGUUAUAGGAGCCUCCCUUAUCCUUUAAAAAAGAAAGACGGAAAAAUGCACUACGAAUGCAACGUGUGCUGCAAAACGUUCGGUCAGCUUUCCAAUUUGAAAGUUCACCUGAGAACUCACAGCGGAGAGAGACCGUUCAAAUGCAACGUCUGCACCAAAUCGUUCACUCAACUUGCUCAUCUCCAAAAGCACCAUUUGGUGCACACCGGAGAACGACCACACGAGUGCGGCAUUUGUAAGAAGCGAUUUUCGUCUACGUCGAACCUGAAGACGCAUCUUCGGUUGCACAGCGGACAGAAGCCGUACGCGUGCGACUUCUGUCCAGCGAAGUUCACUCAGUUUGUACAUUUGAAAUUACACAAAAGACUACACACCAAUGAGAGACCGUACAUUUGCCAAGAGUGCGGAAAGAAUUACAUUAGUGCUUCUGGAUUAAGGACCCAUUGGAAGACGACCAGUUGCCGACCAAAUAACAUCGACGAGGAGCUCCAUGGGGAAACUUCUCCAAAUGGUUAUUACGAUUACUCGAGUAAUGAUGGAAGCAUAGGUCCAGUUGAUUCAAGCAAAGACAUUCACGAAGACCAAAGGGAUCAUUUCGAGCUUCAUGCUCAACAGUCUCCUCCAAUGACUCACGGAGGAGGACUGAUGCACUCGGGAUUGACCAAGUCUCUGACGCCGUCAACGUUACAAACAGGGCCUCAACGGCUUCCUCCUCAAACGUCGCAUCAUCCCGGCAAAGAGAGUAGGCCAAGCGUCAUAGAAUCGUCACAACCUCACAUUAUCGAAUGUGAAAUUUAUGCCAAAGAUGCAGUACCGAGUUCUGCAAACAGGAAGUAUUUUUGGAGGGAAACAAUCAAUUUAUUGUUGCUUCAGGAUAACAUGGAUGAUGCGGCAGUCACGUCUGCCGGCGAUUUUGAUCCGCACAAUAUUAGGGAAGAGGAGUUCGAGCUUCAUACAACAUUCAUUGCGCCAGACCUUCCGGUGGACCCUGGCACACCCAACAGGGCUGAAGCUACCCUUCCAAGGAAUCUUGUUCUCAAACCCUCUCAAGCGCUUUCAGAUGCUCAAGGGGUUUGGAGUACGGGUUACAUUCCUAGAGGCACCAGAUUUGGUCCUCUUGUAGGUGAAAUUUAUGCCAAAGAUGCAGUACCGAGUUCUGCAAACAGGAAGUAUUUUUGGAGGAUAUACAAAGACAAUGAAUUAUUUUACUACAUUGACGGGUACGAUACCUCGAAGGCCAACUGGAUGCGAUACGUGAACCCGGCAUACUCUAGUGAAUCUCAAAAUCUCAUAGCGUGUCAGUACAAAAUGAACAUAUAUUUUUACACGAUUAAACCAAUUUUGCCAAAUCAGGAAUUACUUGUGUGGUAUUGUAAGGAAUUUGCCGAAAGACUGAAUUAUCCGUUGACUGGAGAACAAAUGCUACAAAGGAUACGUCAACAAGUCCAGCAAUCAUCAGAAGUAAUCACUGUCAGCACUGUGAUUGACUCCGUUUCUUCCGGGAAAGACGGUGCCUACGAACACCAACUCACUCCAACAGAUGGCAGCGUGAGAUCUGACGAAGGGUAUCACAGCCAUGGCUAUCACGAUGACGCUUUUACACCCCCUGAAGAUUCCAGUGACUCGGACAGUGAAAAUAAUUAUGUACUCGAUUUUAGUAAGAAAACGAAUUCCAAAGAAACGACGGUUAUUAAACAGUCGCCCCUCUCCCCCGAAGCCCAGAAAAACGAGUACCGCAAGGUCAAGAUUAAGAUAACAAAAGCUUAUCACUAUAAAUCGAACAAAAACGUGGAAAGCGACCAUGAGUCGGAGAAGGAUUUGACUCACGGCGAUACUAACGUUGUGGAAGUGACGACUUUGGUACCGAGAAUCGUCACACCCCCUAACACGGUGAUAGUCCUAGACUCACCACCACCUGAAGUUCCUAAUAACAAACCGUUCUACGAGCCCGAGGUAAAAACUCAGACAAUUAUUACUAGAUACACGCCUCCUUCUUCAAGUAUCUUGGAGAAUAUUCUAUUGAGGAACAGGACUGAUUCUAACAACAAUAACAACGACAGUAACCAGCGACAACCGGAUGCCACACCACCUCCAAGCUCUCCCACGGAAAUGGCUUACUCGUACAAAAAGAGUCACCGGUACGGAGCCAUGCCAUGUAGUCCGGACUCGAGUUCCAACUUAGCAGUUUCCAAUGCCCCAAUGUCAACAAGCCCGGGUUUGUUAAAAAAUCACUCCCCAAGUCCCGUACCAUCUUCCGCAACAAUAUACGUAUCACACACAAACGAUGGUUACAACAACCACGUGCAACCUGCUAAUUAUUACAGCAUCUAUCCAUCAUCGAAUGGAAUAAUCCACACCAACAUAACAACGGCGACACCCACGUCUACGUAUUCUCCCCCCAUAAGUACCAACUACGUGGGAUCCCAUCAUCCCACCUCAACGAACUUAAUCAUUCCAAGUUCCCACAUAAUCACGUCAAACUUGACACAUCAUCUUCUGACUCCAUUGACACCGCCGCAACACGGAAACGGAAAGCUUUCACCUACUCAUUCGAUGAGUCCCGACAGGGGAAUGAGUAGUCGGAGUGUCAGUCCUCAACAUCCCAAUUCGAGCAUUGCUUCGAGGGGUUAUAGGAGCCUCCCUUAUCCUUUAAAAAAGAAAGACGGAAAAAUGCACUACGAAUGCAACGUGUGCUGCAAAACGUUCGGUCAGCUUUCCAAUUUGAAAGUUCACCUGAGAACUCACAGCGGAGAGAGACCGUUCAAAUGCAACGUCUGCACCAAAUCGUUCACUCAACUUGCUCAUCUCCAAAAGCACCAUUUGGUGCACACCGGAGAACGACCACACGAGUGCGGCAUUUGUAAGAAGCGAUUUUCGUCUACGUCGAACCUGAAGACGCAUCUUCGGUUGCACAGCGGACAGAAGCCGUACGCGUGCGACUUCUGUCCAGCGAAGUUCACUCAGUUUGUACAUUUGAAAUUACACAAAAGACUACACACCAAUGAGAGACCGUACAUUUGCCAAGAGUGCGGAAAGAAUUACAUUAGUGCUUCUGGAUUAAGGACCCAUUGGAAGACGACCAGUUGCCGACCAAAUAACAUCGACGAGGAGCUCCAUGGGGAAACUUCUCCAAAUGGUUAUUACGAUUACUCGAGUAAUGAUGGAAGCAUAGGUCCAGUUGAUUCAAGCAAAGACAUUCACGAAGACCAAAGGGAUCAUUUCGAGCUUCAUGCUCAACAGUCUCCUCCAAUGACUCACGGAGGAGGACUGAUGCACUCGGGAUUGACCAAGUCUCUGACGCCGUCAACGUUACAAACAGGGCCUCAACGGCUUCCUCCUCAAACGUCGCAUCAUCCCGGCAAAGAGAGUAGGCCAAGCGUCAUAGAAUCGUCACAACCUCACAUUAUCGAAUGUACCUAAGAAAUUCCUGCUGUGUAAAUUCUAUUCUGUUAAGUUUUAAAUGUUUAUUUAUUUGUAAUUAUUUAGCGGUUAGUUAGUUGUUGCCGUUUCAACAAAUUACAUGUCUAUUUUUGACGUGAGGUAUAUUUUUAUUAUUAUCAUCGGAAGUACUGAUUAGAAAAGAGUUGAUUUGUUGAAGCCAACGGAUUCGUAGACGAUUUAAUUUAUUUGUAACUAUUUUUUUAACGUGUACCUACCUAUUGAAUAAGAAAUCGAAUUUUGACUUUAGACUGAUUACAGAAAGCAAUAUGUUAGAUGUGUGUGUAUAUUGUGUUUUGAACACUGUUUGUUGUUCGUGUUCGAUAUUAUUGCUACUUUUCGAUUGUGUAAUUCGUAAAGACAAAAAAAUGCGAAAUUAUUCUUAUUACAAAGCAUUUUUUAAAACUAUUUUAUCGUUUCAAUUAUUUAGAAAGGGAAUCAAAAAGAAACCAAUUGGGUGACUAAAAACGGUAACAUCCUACUCUGAAGAAUUUGUAUCAAAUUUUCUAAUCGUUUCGAAUUUAUUUUGUGUAGAUAAUUGCCGUUUGUUUAUAAUGUGAAUGCUUUGUAUUUAAGAAUAUUUGCUGUUUUAAAAGUGUACAAAUGCUUUCUACCUAUUAUAUGUAAUAUGCUGAAAAAAACAUUAAGCUAAACAUUCUAUUCAAUGUACCUAUUUCAAUGAAUCGAGGGUAAUAUUGACGCUACGCUUACAUUCAGAAAAAAAAAAGAAGAAGAGAAUAGGUGAAUAUUUUUUGGCAACUUUGAUAUUGCUCUUGAACAAGUCUGUUAAUUAUUCGUAAAUGUACUAGCAUGACGGUGUUUAUAGAGAAAAAACAGCAGAGCAUUUCUUUUCAAAAUUGCGUACUCUCUAAAGUUAAUUUCUGUUAAUGUGUUUUAAAAAUGAACAACUUUACGCAUUAUUAGAUACCUAUAACAACAUAUAUACUUACAUAAAAUACAUACAAAGAAAAUUGACGCAAAAAAGGUCUCAAUAGCAAAGAUAUUUUUUCAACUGCAUAAAGAUACGUAAAAAAUAAUAAUUGUUACGUAUGUAAUAAUAAUUUAGGUACCUACAAGCUUGGCCUUCUUCAUUUUUAAUGAACGAAUUCAAAAUAUAUUUUGGGUCUAUAUUUUCAAUGGUGACAAGUAUAUAACGUUUAUUAUUUUGGUAUGUACUGUGUACAACGAGUUAAUUUGCUGGUUUUCUACCCGAACAAUAGUUACAAGAACAACCCCCUCUACAGAUUUUUAUAAAGCGACGUAGAAAAUAAUGAAAUACAUAAUACAUAAAUACAUACAUUACAUACAUGCAUUCAAAUGUACCGUACCUGCUGUAUUCUUUUUUUUUUUUGUUAUUUCCGGUUUGUAGGCUUAACGAAAAUAU